CAAUAAUUCAAUUUUCUUCAAAGACAGAGUAACAUUUUGCUUAUUUUGCUGGACAGUUGAUUUUUGAAGCAAUGCAAUGAGUUCACCUUCACCUAGCACUCAAUGAACAAUAUGAACAUGUGCAGCGGUAUCGGCGCCGCGGGCGUGCAGCGUGCUUACAGUGACACUGACUGGAGGCGAACACUCAAGUAUAAAUAGUACAGCCGGUGACAAAUUGUCACAGUUGAGCUUUGAUACUCAUAUCAACAACACAUAUCCAAAAAUGGUCGCCAAAUUCGUGAUCGUCCUGUCCCUGGCCGUGGCCUCCUACGCCGUGCCCCUCAUCCCCUACGCUAAGGUGGCGUACGCCGAGCCCGAGGCGCCAGCUCACUACGAGUUCAACUACUCCGUGCACGACGACCACAGCGGAGACGUGAAGCAGCAGCAGGAGUCUCGCGCCGGAGACGCCGUGCAGGGCUCGUACUCGCUCGUGCAGCCCGACGGUGUCCGCCGCAUCGUGCACUACACCGCCGACCACGAGCACGGCUUCAACGCUGAGGUCACCUACGAGGGCACCCCCGUCCACCAGGCUCCCGCUAAGAUCGCCUACGCCGCUCCCAUCGCCAAGGUCGCCUACGCUGCCCCCAUCGCCAAGGUCGCCUACGCCAGUCCCGUCGCCAAGGUGUCCUACGCUCCUGCCACCGUGUCCUACUCUCACGCCCCAGUCGCCUACGCCGCUCCCGUCGCUAAGGUCGCCUACGCCGCUCCCGUAGCCCACUUCGUGAUCGUCUUGUCCCUGGCCGUGGCCUCCUACGCCGUGCCCCUCAUCCCCUACGCCAAGGUGGCGUACGCCGAGCCCGAGGCGCCAGCUCACUACGAGUUCAACUACUCCGUGCACGACGACCACAGCGGAGACGUGAAGCAGCAGCAGGAGUCUCGCGCCGGAGACGCCGUGCAGGGCUCGUACUCGCUCGUGCAGCCCGACGGUGUCCGUCGCAUCGUGCACUACACCGCCGACCACGAGCACGGCUUCAACGCUGAGGUCUCCUACGAGGGCACCCCCGUCCAGCAAGCACCCGCUAAGAUCGCCUACGCCGCCCCUGUCGCCAAGAUCGCCUACGCUGCCCCCAUCGCCAAGGUCGCCUACGCCGCUCCCGUCGCCAAGGUGUCCUACGCUCCUGCCGCCGUGUCCUACUCUCACGCCCCAGUCACCUACGCCGCUCCCGUCGCUAAGGUCGCCUACGCCGCUCCCGUAGCCCACGUGUCCUACGCGUCCCCCGCUAUCUCCUACCACCACUAGAUACAGUUUUAUGUAGCUAGCCUGACUGUUGUGUUUAUUGAAAUGAAUAGUUGGUAAAUAUUUAUUAAAUUAUUGAAUCGAA